GUUGACAUGGUUGACAUCUGUGGUUGACAUCUCUGUUGACGGCAAGUAGUGUUUUGUGAAAAUGGCUCAUAAUUUUUCUGCAGAUAUUUGGAAAAAUUGGGAAAAAAAUGGUAAACAAGAAUUUAUGAAAAAAUGUGUAUCUUUACUAAAAAAUGGAAACAAUAGUCCUGUUUUCGAUAAAAAUAGAAAAGUAUCUCCAAUUAUAAAUAACAUUAACAGCCUAAUAGAAAAAGGCAUUAAAGGAGUAAUAAAAAGAGAAUCUGUUAUUUCUACUUUACAGGAAUUAGUUACCACACAUAAUGAUGUUGCUUCGAUAAUAUGUGACAUACUUAACGUAGCUGACGCAGUUACAACUCAAAUUGAUGGAGAAGAUUUCAGAGAUAGAGGAAAUUUUUGUUAUAUUGUGAAAGAAUGUGAAAAGUUUUUAUCAGAUAAAUUGCUAAAGGAGAGAUUGGAGAUAGACACAUUACAAGAAGUAGGGAUAUUAAAAAAUAAAACAUUUUAUUCAAAAUUUAUUAAGAUCAAGACAAAACUUUAUUACAAACAAAGAAAAUUUAACUUGUUCAGAGAAGAAUGUGAAGGUUUUGCCAAACUGCAAACAGAACUAAACAAAGAAUUUGAUAAAAGAACUCAAGCAAGUGAUCUGAUCGAUAUUGUUCAUUCUUUAAUAGGAUGCUUUAAUUUAGACCCAAAUCGAGUAUUAGACGUUAUUUUAGAAAGUUUUGAAAAUAAAACAAAAAAUUCACAUAUAUUUGUACCAUUAAUCAAAUCGUACAUGAAAGAUCCAACAAUAAUAAGCGAAGUAUUGUGUACAAAACUAGCUUUCUUAAAAAAUUGUCAAGACGAAAUUCCACAAUCAUUUUAUGUAUUAAUUGCCCAUCUUCUUCAGCAUUCCCUAAUUUAUUUGGAUGAUAUCUAUUAUAGGUUAACACCGGACGAUAAGAGCAUACAAAAAGAUUAUGAAACUUCGUUAAAAUGUGCAAAAGAAUAUGUUAGAAAACUGCAAAUAAUUUCGAUUAACAAUAAAGAGAAAGAAGACGAUAAAGAUGAACCGGAAAUUGUGGAAGACAACUAUACCAAUAACCAGAAGCUAGGUCUUUGUGAAGCAUUAUUACUUAUCGGCGACUGGAAAACAGCCGAUACUUUAAUAAAAAGAUUACCUGAACAUUAUGCAGUUGGUUUUAAACCUAUAGCAUUGGCAUUAUGUAGACUUUUACAUAUAAUUAUUGAACCUCUCUAUAGCAAGUAUUGUAUUCUUGGACCGAAAAUUCAACGCAAACCAAUUUUACCACAUGAAAAUCCUUUGGCGCCCAGUCCUGUUGAAAUUUUCGACGAUCUCAAAGACAAUUUUUUUCCAAUGGUUGCAACGUUGGGGUCUUCAUUACACUACGAUCCAGUUUUACUCAGUAAAAUUGUAAGGAUUUCUAAAGCUGCUCUCCGUCAUAUGGGACUAGAGAAUGCAAGAACAUCUCUAAUUGUAGAAAAUGCUUUAUAUUAUGAUAUAAUCUCUAUAAUCGAUUUAUCAAUAUUCCCUUCGUUAUCAUAUCUCGAAUGCAACUGCUGUGUAGCUGAAGAAGUCUGGACAUUAAUGAAGCUAUAUCCAUAUCAAAUAAGGUACAGUUUAUAUGCAAGAUGGAAGAAUGAAACUUAUUCAUCAUAUCCAGAUUUAAUGAAGAAGCGUGGAGAUUCUGAAAAGCAAAUUAAAAAUAUAAUGAAGAGAGUUAGUAAAGAAAAUGUCAAACCUGUUGGAAGAUUAAUUGGAAAACUGACACACUGUUCCCCUGGUUUUUUAUUUGACUAUGUAUUAUUGCAGAUUCAAGUUUACAAUAAUUUGAUCAAUCCAGUAGUAGAUUCCUUAAAGUAUUUGACUAAUUUGUCGUACGAUGUUUUGGGAUAUUGCCUAAUUGAGACAUUAUCAAAUGCAGAUAAGAAAAGGGUGAAACAUGAUAGCACCUCUAUUUCAACUUGGUUGCAAAGUUUAUCAAGUUUUUGUGGAGCAGUUUAUAAAAAAUAUUCAAUUGAACUAACGGGUUUGUUACAGUAUGUUGCCAAUCAACUCAAGGCCCAAAAAAGUCUAGACUUGCUUAUUUUAAAGGAAGUUGUUCAAAAAAUGGCUGGUGUUGAGCCCUCAGAAGAUUCAACAAUGGAUCAACUUAAUGCUAUGGCCGGGGGAGAGUUACUGAAAGGAGAAGCUGGCUAUUUUAGUCAGAUUCGAAACACAAAAAAGUCUUCGUUGCGUCUAAAGGAAUCUCUGUCCGAAAACGACUUGGCCGUCGCUCUGUGCUUGCUCAUGGCGCAGCAGAAUUAUUGUGUAGUUUAUAAAGAAACUCAGAAAAGUCAUCUAAAACUGGUUGGGAAGUUAUCUGAUCAGUGUCAAGAUACACUUGUUCAGUUCGGAACAUUUCUUGGUUCUACAUUGUCAGUAGAUGAAUAUGUGAAUAAAUUACCGAGUGUGCAAAGUAUGUUGUUAGAUUAUCAUAUUCCUACUGAAGUUGCAUUUUUUCUGGCGAGGCCUAUGUUUAACCAUGCAAUUAAUCAAAAAUAUGAUCAAUUGAGGAAAGCUGAUUCAAAUUACAAGAAAAUGUCUAUAUCAGUUAAAAAUCAGAAAUAUUAUGAUGCAGUGCAGGAAAUAAUGCAACCAGUGCAUAGUUCUCUUUUGCCUCUUCAUACGCCUAAGACUUGGGAAGAUAUCACAGCACAGUUUUUAGCUACGUUUUGGUCGCUAACCAUGUAUGAUUUGUUUGUACCUGAAGAAACCUAUCAACAAGCUAUUAAUAAAGUUAAACAGCAAUCAGUAGCUGCUAUGGAAGCGACUACCGGCAAUAAAGGGAAAAAAGAACAAGAACGAUUUCAGUCAUUGAUAGAAAAAUUACAGGACGAGAAAAAGAAACAAACGGAGCAUGUAGAUAAAGUUAUGUUUAGAUUGAAACAAGAAAAGGACUUUUGGUUUCUAUCCAGAACAGGAAAAUCAGCUAAAACAGAAUCCAUUACAAGAUUCUUACAAUUAUGUUUGUUUCCAAGAUGUACUUUCACUCAAAUUGAUGCUGUAUAUUGUGCUAAAUUUGUCCAUACAAUUCAUAUGUUAAAAACUCCCAAUUUUUCUACAUUAUUGUGCUAUGAUAGAUUGUUUUGUGAUGUCACAUAUUCUAUAAUAUCAUGUACUGAAAAUGAAGCAAUGAGAUAUGGAAGGUUUUUGUAUGCAAUGUUAGAAACUGUGAUGAGAUGGCACAAGUCAAAAGAGGUAUUUGAGAAAGAAUGUGCAGAUUAUCCUGGUUUUGUUACCAAAUAUAGAGUUAGUAACCAUACCGCUGAUAGCCUUGAUAAUGUUGGUUAUGAGAAUUAUCGCCAUGUGUGUCAUAAAUGGCAUUAUAAACUAGCCAAAGCAGUUGUGACGUGUUUAGAAUCUAAAGAUUACGUUCAAAUACGAAAUUCACUUAUUAUUUUAAUUAAGAUUAUUCCAUUUUUUCCUGUGCUAAUUAAAUUGGCACAGUUCUUGGAGAAAAGAAUCGAAAAGGUUAGAGAUGAGGAAAAAAACAAUAGACAGGAUUUAUUUACUUUAUCAAGUAGUUAUCUUGGACAUUUAAAACAACGAUUAAAUGGAGGCCAUAUGAUGAAAGAAGGAGAUUUUCAUAUACCAGUUGAGAAGGAAAAGAUUGAAAAGAAUCAGCAAGAUAUUGUAUAUUCUAAUGGCAAGGACACAUCAAAAUACAACGAUCCUAAAGAAGUUGCAAUGAAAGAAAAAAUUGAAAAGAAAAAUAGUCGUCAAAAUCCAGAAGAACCAAAAGUAACGAAACAUCAAAAUGCCGCUUCAGAGUCCACCACAACUUUGUUGACGAAACGCGAAGAGAAAUUAUCUCGAGAGGAUGUAAAAGAAAAAUAUAUACGAAAAGAAGAAAAACGUUUAGAUGAUAGUGAAAAGGAACGAGAAAAAAGACGUGAGCGAAAAGAAGAAAAAGUUAAUAAUACCAAGGAGGAAAGGCGAGAGAGAAGUCAAGAACAGAGGGAAAUUAGAUAUAUUGAAGUGUUAAGUCCCAAAGAAGAUCACUAUGGAAAUGAACGGCAAGAUAGGUUUUACGAUGAAAGGAGUUACUAUAGAGAUGACAGAGAUGGCAGUUCAAUAAGUCUGGUUAGACAUAGUCAGGAACCAGAGCCAGAUAGAGAUGUAAAACGAAGAAAAGUGGAUGUCAAUUCCUCCAAGAAUUCCAAGCAUGAAGAACGCAAGUCCACUAAUAAUCAAAUUGAGUAUUAUACAGAAAAAGUAGAAAAAAAAGAACGCGUUUUGAAGCCGAAGGAGAAAAGAGAAAAGUUGAGUGAAGAAGAAAAAGAACUGAAAAAAGAGAGGAAAAUUGGACGUAAGAGGGAUCGCAUCGAUGAAGGUCAACAAGACCUUAUUAAGCGACGCCGGGAUGAAGAGAAAGCUGGUAAACUAUUACCACCUCAAAAUGGAGAACUGUUAGAAUCUACUACAAUGCCUACAAGAGAAAAACAUCAUCGAAGGGGGGAAUUACGAGAAACCAGGGAAACAAGGGAUAUCUCACCAGCAUACAUCGGCAGAGAAAGAUCUAACGAGAGAAGCGAAUCGAGGGAAAAACAUAGGAGAAGUUCUGAAAAUAAGCGAAGAUAGCUAAUGGAGAACUUCAAGUUGGCUGGCAGACGUGUAAUUUUAACAAUUCCAGAUCAUAAGAAGUAACAGCUGCCUAUAAGCUAAUACGAUUGUGUGAUCAUUUUUCUUAAGAAUUUAAAUUUUUCUUUCAAAAUAUACCAUUUUUCUGAA